AUGGAUAAUGAAAAAUCAAAAAAUUUACAAAAAAGCACAAAUGUAUUUAGUAAUAAGUCCAGUGAUCAAGCUUCAGAUAAUUCAGACAAAAAUAAUACUACUAAUACUAAACAAGAGUCUAGAAAGCCCUUAGAUUUUCAUUCUUAUAAAGUAUUGUCAUUUAGUCAAUUGUGUGGAAUACUUACUCAAAAUCACCAAACUCAGGAAUUAGAUAAGCUUAAGAAACUUUAUAAAUCAACUUCUACAAUCUUUUUGUUAGGCCAUCUUGAAAAUGAGUCAGAUGCUUUUUCAACUGAUGAUGAAAGCAACUGUGAAGAAGUUGAAAAUAAUGAAGGUGUUAUGUCAUUAUGGUUAUCAACAACAAAUAAAGAUAACUCUGAAGAUAAUCUAAUAGAUUUGGAAUUGGCUAAUAUAAAUGAAUUGCUAGAAAAUCAAAAACAUCCUGUAAAGGAUUGCAAGGCCAAAUAG